AAGGGAGGGGAGAAGAGAGGAGAGCAGAGAGGAGAGGAGCUGAGCACCAUGGGACCCUGGAAUCGAAUCAAGAUCGCCAAAUGCCAGAUACUGAUCACCAACUUCCUUGUCUUGCUGCUGGGCCUCUCUAUAGCCACCAUGGCAGUUGUCACUCACUUUGGAGACCACUUUACUGUGAUUGGCCAUGCAUCGUUGGAGAGGAACCCCUAUGAAACACUGCGUUAUUGGGCCUUCUAUGUGGGGAUCAGCCUAGCGGGGCUCCUGAGCCUGGGAGCUGCUCUGAGCACCAUAGCCACUGUGAAGGAGGCCCAUGGCCUCAUGGCUGCGGGUUUCCUGUGCUUUGCCCUGUCAUUCUGCAUCCUGGUGCAGGUGGCCUUCUGGAGAUUCCACAACCCCACCCAGGUGGAGGAUGCGGUGUUGGACACCUAUGACUUCGUGUACGAUCAGGCAAUGAAGAACCCAUCUAGCAGCUGGUGGCAGGAGCUGGCCGUCAUCCAGGACACGUUUCUGUGUUGUGGGAAGAAAUCUCCUUUUGGGCUUGAGGUGAGCACGGGAGCCAGCAUGUGUCAGGGCCAGGAGGCCAUGAGAGAGGACUGCCUCCAGAGCAUCGGGAACGUUCUGUGGACACACUACAGUAUUGCUUCCAUCCUGACUUGCACCAGCCUGGCCCUCACGGUAUAUGCUAUGAUGCUCUGUGCCUUCCUGUGGUUUGCCAUUCAUUCUUACCGUGGCUUGGAUCGAAAAGGCAGAUACUCCCUGACCCCACGAUCCCGUGGCUGCCAGGCCCAGGAACCCAGCCUCUUCAGAUGGACCUAGGAUGGGCUGGUGCCUCAACGCCCCUCUGAUGUGCACACGUUUGCUAACUGUUCAACAACCCUCUGAAACAUGAGUGCGUGGUGACAAUUGGGCCUAGCAGGAUGCUUGCUGCCUGCUUCCCCACAGAGAUGGAGUCUUUGGCCCUAUGCCCUCACAUGAUCCUCAAAGGAGUAGAUAAACUCCGUCUUGCACAUGGUGGGGCAAGACAAGGGGAGAAUAUUCCACCAGGUGUGUUAGUUAAUCUUACAUUGUUGUGGCCAGGUACCUACCAGAAACAGGAACGAUUUAUUCUGGCUCAUGAUUUCAGAGACAGACUCUGGUCCAUCACAACAGGGAAGACAUGGAGGAGUGGCUAUGUGUACGGCAGCAGGAACAUAACGUAGAAGCUAGAUGUUGAGGUCAACUAAUUUCCUCUGGGUCAUCAUGGAGAAAAACACGACUUUGGCUGUGUAGUCAUGCUACUGAAAUGUGCAGAACCACAUGGUGACAGCCAUGCUUUGGAAAUGGCCGUGGGGCUGCUAAUGCUCCCUAGUUUAGAGGUCACUAUAUCUUCACCUGGACUCCAGCUACCUCUCCCUCCUGCCCAGUAACUGUUAGGGUCUUAGGAGAUGCUGGACUGUGACGAGUUAACUGAAGCCAGGACUCCAUGAUCCAGAAUCCAUGAGGUGAGGCGGUUAGGUGAUGAGUGUUUGGGAUUACCCACACUCCUUAUAAGUAACUCCUCGACCUAAUAAACUCAUUGAUUCAUAUUGAAA